AUGCCACCAGUAUAUCUCACCAAACGCGAUACAGAUGGCCUCACCAUCGCCAUCAUCACUGUCUCGUGUAUUUUGCUUGCACUCAUAGUGUCCCUUGUUCUGCUCACGCUAUACUGUUGUGCCGUGAGAGUAGCCGUUUGGGAUCUUGAACAGGGCCAAGUCGUUGUGAAACUCGCCAAAUCCUCCCAACAGCCUCAAGAUGAAAACAAUGACCACGAGAGAAAAGAAUCGCACAAUAAAAAUCACGAUUCUAUCCGAGAAAAUUCUGUUUUGGAGCCCGAAGCCUUUGACACAUUUCAGUACUCUUCGUUGUUAAGACACGAGAUUGAUCAGAGAAACGUUUCUGAAUUGCUUGAGGUCAAAGAUGCUCAUUCAGAAAGAAAAAUCAAGGUUGGAAUGGUUGUGGUUGCCGUGGAAAAGUAUCGAGCGAGUUCUAGCAACGAACUCUUUCUUAAUAACGGUGAUCUGAUCAGAUUAUUGGGAAUCCAAAAGCUUGAAUCGGGAGUUUAUAUGGGAAAAGGGAUCCCGCUGCACUCUGUUUUGAAGAUCGACAAGGACGAGAUCAGGUUGGUUUCUGGCCCUUAUGACGGUUCGAUGGAAAUUCCGCAAUUACUGGACAGCGUCAAAAGCUUCCCCAUGAACUGUGUUUCUCUAGAGGCUACGGUGUUGGAGUACCAGACACUGUCUAUUCCCAAUCAUGAUGCAGAGGGGAGCAUCACUCCCACGAACGACAUCAAUCAUGAUUACACCACGUCAUCACCAACAACUGCCGAACAGACCUUUUAUUCGGUAGAUAACUGA